AUGGAGAACGAGGGCCAGCUUAGGAGUCCUAUGACACGUGACAGACGCCAUCUUAUAAACUCCUCUCACCGCUCCGAGCACUCUUCAGCGGGACCUCUGACUUCAGAAGCUACCGCCACUGACUGCGAUCCAUUCAACAAUGUCCUCCAAUCGCAUCCGCAGGAGCACAACACCCGAGAGGCGUCGUUCGAGCAAUCCAGUGAACAUCAUGGUCCCACUGAAUCAGAAGACCAGUUCAAAGCCUCCUUUGACGGCUCUUCAGCUACCUCUGUCCCUACAUUGCUAUCACGCCAUCGGUUUCUUCCCUUGCAAGUACCCACAAUACCAGUUUUGUGGAAGAACGUUCUCAAAUGCGCAGUGGCAUAUCUUAUUGCCUCUCUCUUUACGUUUUCACCAUAUCUCUCCGGAUUCUUCAGUGAUAUUUCCGCACCGGGAGCAGGGAAUGGCCUCCCAUCGCCCACUGGUCACAUGAUAGCCACUAUCGCUAUCUACUAUAACCCCGCAAAAACCAUGGGGGGAAUGAUGGAGGCCGAUUCGUACUGCUCGAUUGCGUUUCUUUAUGCAGCAUUUGUCUGUUUGGGAAGCAUGUCCAUGUUCUGGUCCCUCGAGGUCAGACCAGGAUGGGAGUGGCUCGGUGACGCUCUUGUCAUUUUGUGGGUUGGAGUCAGUAUGUGGGGUCUCACUUGGAUUAGAGCGUGGAUGGACAAACCCACAUUUAAUUCGGCGUGUAGCAUGGCUGCCAUAAUAUUAUCUAUUGUAAUUGUCAAGGAAGGAGGCUGGGAAGUACUCCUGCAAGUCUCAUCGGUCGUGCUUGUCGGCACCUUAAUAUCAAACGUCGUGUGUUUCGCGCUAUGGGCCCAAAGCGCCACAGACAACCUCCAGUUGAACAUGACAAAGACCUUGGAUUCGUUUGCCACCCUCCUUGGCAUGCUCACAAACACCUUCCUUCUCGAGGAGCCCAUUCACCAGCCUAGCCAGGAUAAAAUACACAAGGCGGUCGAGAACCAUCAGGCAAGCUUCACGAGUCUCAAAAAGAACUUAGGAGAAGCCAAGUCGGAAUGGUUCAGCGGUCUGCGUGGACGAGGAGGCAAGGAGUCCAGACAAGCAUAUGAGGACGCGGUUGAUAGCCUCACGCGUCUUGCUCAACAUCUGAAUGGCUUGAGAAGCGGCACCCGGUUGCAGUACGAACUCACAAAGGCUCACAGCGAGGGACGCUUGACGUUGAAGCGACAUAGUCAAACGAUCGGAAGAGAGCGUGAUCCAAGCGGGUAUCGUUCUCCAGCCGGGAAGGGGAGAAGGAUGUCCAAUGGCGGUUCGGACAUGCGGGAUGACACAGAUGAAGUCCUACUACAAGCUGCGGCGGAUAUGUUCGGCGAUCUGGUCGAUGAUCUGGGUCCACCGCUGAAGGCGCUGACAAGAACUUGUACUGCAAGUUUCGAACGUCUACGCGAGGCAUUUGCGCAGAGCAAACAUGUCCAAAGAGAAACUCCAUUUCAACCUCAUGAUUUCCAUAUUUUGAUUGAUGAGAUCGACCGCGCGCUGUUUACUUUCGAGACUACCUCGAACCACGCUGUUAUGCGUUUAUACAAACGGAGCGAUUUUGCUGCCCCCUCUAUGGGGGAUUCAAUCGAUUCUUUAAUCCAAAGGGACAAUACAAUCCUUACGAACGGCGAACAUGAACACAUAUUUCUUCUCUAUUUUUUCAUUUUCACAUUGCAGGAAUUUUCUGGAGAGCUCAUUUCUCUUACGGACGCUAUGCGCAGAAUAUAUGCAGUCGAACAAGUCAGAGCGGAUACUCAGAGCUGGUUUAACCGAUAUAUUAUACAUGGCCCGUCAAAUCUUUUAUCUGCCAUGCGAUUGCGUCGACUUUUCUUCCCAAAGGUCCAACCUCAUGCUCCAAACACAAUACAAACGCCCCAUCCCGCGAAUCUCCCCUUUAUCGGUCGUAUGAAGCGGGCACUUUGGGAUUUUGGUGGGAUUUUGAAAGAGCGCAAGUUGAAGUAUGCGUUCAAAGUGGGGAUGUCUGCUGCUGUGUUGACUGCACCUGCGUUCUUUGAUGCUACGAGACCAAUUUUUACGGACUAUAAGGGUGAAUGGGCAUUAAUUUCCUUCUUUGGGGUCAUGUCGCCUACGAUCGGAGCUACCAAUUUCCUUAGCAUUCAUCGUGUAUUCGGUACUCUUUUCGGAGCUUGUGCCGCAGCUGGAAUUUACAGCCUUUUUCCGGAGAAUGCAAUUGUGUUGUCGAUCUUCGGUUUCUUUUUUUCGAUGCCUUGUUUUUACUACAUCAUUGCGACUCCACGGUAUGCGACGACGGGGAGAUUUGCUCUUUUAACAUAUAAUUUGACGUGCCUUUAUUCGUACAACGUUCGACAAGCCGACGUAUCUGUGAUCGAUAUUGCGUUUCAGCGCUCGACUGCGGUUAUCGCUGGUGUCCUCUGGGCUGCGAUUGUAUCUCGUUUCUGGUGGCCUUCAGAAGCGCGAAGGGAGCUCAGUCGAGAGCUGGGAGACUUUUGUCUGAACAUUGGAUGGCUAUACACCCACUUGGUAGCAGCCAACUCAGGCACGCCUCGCGCAGAAGACGACACGGAUGAAGACGAGCCCGAGACGCAGCCUCCGGAUGAGACAGUGUCGCUCUUGCCCAAGUCCGCUAAAGCCAAGCUUAGUAAAUCCAUUCAGGAUUUUAUGGCUAUGGAAUUGCACCUCCAGAGGAAGCUCAUUGAAUUGCAAGGUCUUCUGGCUCAGACACAGCAUGAGCCUCGGUUGAAGGGACCUUUCCCUAUAGCACUCUACCGGGCGAUAUUGACAAGUCUCCAGACUAUCCUGGAUAGGCUACACAGCAUGCGUUGUGUCACUACCCGAGAGGAAUGGAUUACGUCUGUAAGGAGCGAUUUCAUCUUACCCGUGAAUAAAGAGCGAAGAGAUUUAGUCGGCAACAUCAUCCUUUAUUUCUCCACGCUCGCAUCCGCCUUUCGCUUGAAAGCCCCAUUACCUCCGUACCUCCCACCAGUUGAGGAAUCGAGGGAGCGUCUGGUCAAUGCAAUCCGGAAAUUGGAUAUAGUCAGGAACAGAGAUGUGAAAGCGUCUCGACAGCUCCUUUUCUUUGCGUAUGCUCUUACUAUGAAAGGCGUCACUCAGGAACUGGAGUAUCUUGGGCGUACGCUACAAACCGUUUUUGGUGUGAUUGGACAUAAUCCGGAAGAGUUUGAGGCGUUGUUCAUGGAGCCGGGCGGGAGUGUAGAUGUCACACAUGUUGUUUAA